GCCGCAACGUCCGUCAAGCAGUUUAAACACUGGUAUCCGCAGUAUGGAGGCAUCUUCGAGAACAUCAUGAAGAUGAACUGCACCGCCGAAUACGAUAAAUACAUAACCGGCUAUAAGAACCAUUCCGAGAUCGACUGGAGGGCUGGCGGUGGAAUAUACACUGCCCUGACGCAACCAGUCAUCGACUGUCUCCUCGAAAACACGUCCGAGUUCCUCAAGGGUAGCAUGACAGGCGCCCAGAUCCUACUCGGUGUCAUGCCUACUAUCAUCGCCCUUCUCGGACCAUCUCACGACGAGAUAGCCAUGCUAUCGAAUGUCGGAAGGAGACCACUGUUGGCCGCCGGGAUGGCUUUGGCGUCCCCCUCGGCAUACUUCAGCAGAGCAUUCGAGUAUAAAAGUCCGGCCGAAAUCCUCAGCAAAGACGAGCAAAGACUUACCCAGUGGCGCCCACAUCGUUCCAUGUUGCUGGUCUCGUUUCUGGAAUACGCUCUCGUUACUGCAGCCUGUUACAAUGUUGUGAUAAAUACCCUGGAAGUCAGCCGCAAGACUAUCAGUUCCUUCUCAUCAGAUAUGGAUUUCAUGCCGAAUCUGUGGUUGGUGCUCGGAUUCUGCAUCCACGUUUUCAGCGGCGUUGUCUUCCGUCUAAGGCUUCGGGGCUGGAGGGUCAAAGAGAAGAAGGCCAAAGCUAUCAUUACCACAACGGAAUUCGUUCCUUGCGCUGCUGAAGGCUACAGCGUCCGCAUUCGGGCGUUCACGGAAACCAAAACGUUUUUGUUCCUGGCGUGGGCACUGUCUACCUUCACUAUCCUACACGUGGUCUUCGGAACUCUUGUUUUUGCCAGCAUACUUUUUGUCGGUAUCAAAGAUGCUCUGUCCAUUGUUGGCAGGUAUAUCGCGGCGGUGGUGAUUUGUCGCGUCAUUCUUAUGUAUGAGUUGGCUGGUAUGAGGGAAUGCUGG